GGUUUCACUUUUCAGGCAUGAUGUUGAACAGGCAAAAUAAAAGGCUGCCUGAUCAAAAUGAGUGUUGUAGGUGCUGUUGGAGAUUUUGUCAGAGUUGACAGAUUUUAAACAUAAAUAUUUAAAACUGCAAAGAAAACGCCCCAAACAAGGAAGCGCUGUGCUGAGUGUUUUGAUUUUAUAAAUGACAGCCUCCCAUCCAAAAAAAAAAAAAAAAUCACUCUAAAGGGGCUCUUUCAUCAAACUCCUACCAAGGGAGCAGUGCAAACUGAUCUCAAACUACCGAGUGAUAUUAAAUGAGUCCAACGCUUCCUGUGCACAUUAGCUGCAAUCAUGGCUCAGAUGGGAUGUCUGCUUUUGUUUUUGAUUAUUGGAGUAACAUUAGAUCGAUCUUCAGGACAGCCGGGACACAGACAUUCAAAGCCAAGGAGCACCAGCCCGAGAGAUGUAGGAGAUGAUGACCUAAAAGCACAAAUCAACAAACUGUGGCAAGAAGUCAACUCACUGAAAGAAAUGCAGGCAUUGCAGACAGUCUGUCUUCGUGGAACCAAAGUUCAUAGAAAAUGCUACCUUGCUAUUGAUGUUCCAAAGCACUUUCAUGAAGCAAAUGAAGACUGCAUUGCCCAAGGAGGAACACUUGUCACCCCAAGAGACACUGAUGAGAAUACUGCCGUGCAUGACUAUGCCAAGAAAAGUCUUCCUGGGGCAAAGGACUUUUGGAUCGGAAUCACAGACAUGGUGAAGGAAGGCCAGUACGUCGAUGUGAAUGGGAUGGCUAUUAACUAUUUUAACUGGGAUCGUUCCAAGAAUCAACCCACUGGGGUAAAAAGAGAAAGUUGUGUCAUGAUGUCACAGGCGUCCCAGGGGAAAUGGCAUGAUGAUGUUUGUCGUAACUUGAAAAAAUACAUAUGUGAAUAUAUCAUUCCUUAAAUUCUCAUUUGAAAUCAAUGAAUAAAUUACAAAGUGGCCUAUGCUAAACAUAAAUUGUCUUCGAUUAAAAAGAAAGCAACAUUGUUACAUUUCCAUGUUAUUCAUAAGUAACUUCACAAAAUAAUAACCUAUAUUAAAUAUUAAUACAAUGAAUAGUCAUGAAACGAAGCACUCAAAACUAUAACAUUUUCCGCCUGUCUUUGCAGAAAUUAGCUUCACAGUAAAUGCUGGCUUGCUAUUAAUAUGCUGUUGUUUCCAUGUUCUACACUGAUCCAAGCAGAUCUGAAAAGUAAGACCUCCAAGGUGACUGUCUAUUAAUGUAUUCUCUACAGACCACUUUAAUUGGAUUGAUUAGUUAACAAUUACUGCACAGGAUUUUCGCAAGAACUGUUGUUGUUAAGUACUGGUGUGGUCUAUGAUUAAAUUAACAGUAAUAUUAAUUUUUA